AUGUGGAAGAAAUCAGAAGAAAUCGGAAGCAAUCAGAAAAAAUCAGAAGAAAUCAGAAGAAAUCAGAAGAAAUCAGAAGAAAUCAGAAGAAAUCAGAAAAAAAUCAAAAGAAAUCAGAAGAAAUCAGAAGAAAUCAGAAGAAAUCAGAAGAAAUCAGAAGAAAUCAGAAGAAAUCAGAAGAAAUCAGAAGAAAUCAGAAGAAAUCAGAAGAAAUCAGAAGAAAUCAGAAGAAAUCAGAAGAAAUCAGAAGAAAACAGAAGAAAUCAGAAGAAAUCAGAAGAAAUCAGAAGAAAUCAGAAGAAAUCAGAAGAAUUUAGAAGAAAUCAGAAGAAAUCAGAAGAAUUUAGAAGAAAUCAGAAGAAAUCAGAAGAAAUCAGAAGAAAUCAGAAGAAAUCAGAAGAAAUCAGAAGAAAUCAGAAGAAAUCAGAGGAAAUCAGAAGGAAUCAGAAGACAUCAGAAGAAAUCAGAAGAAACCAGAAAAAAUCAGAGGAAAUCAGAAGGAAUCAGAAGAAAUCAGAAGAAAUCAGAAGAAAUCAGAAGAAAUCAGAAGAAAUCAGAAGAAAUCAGAAGAAAUCAGAAGAAAUCAGAAGAAAUCAGAAGAAAUCAGAAGAAAUCAGAAGAAAUCAGAAGAAAUCAGAAGAAAUCAGAAGAAAUCAGAAGAAAUCAGAAGAAAUCAGAAGAAAUCAGAAGAAAUCAGAAGAAAUCAGAAGAAAUCAGAAGAAAUCAGAAAUCGGAAAUCGGAAAUCGGAAAUCGGAAAUCGGAAAUCGGAAAUCGGAUAUCGGAAAUCAGAAUUUGGAAUUCGGAAAUCGGAAAUCGGAAAUCAGAAAUCGGAAAUUGGAAAUCGGAAAUCGGAAAUCGGAAAUCAGAAAAUCAGGAAAUCAGAAAAUCAGAAAAUUAGAAAAUCAGAAAAUUAGAAAAUCAGAAAAUCAGAAAUUCAGAAAAUCAGAAAAUCAAAAAAUCAGAAAUCAGAAAUCAGAAAUCAGAAACCAGAAAUCAGAAAUCAGAAAUCAGAAAUCAGAAAUCAGAAAUCAGAAAUCAGAAAUCAGAAAUCAGAAAUCAGAAAUCAGAAAUCAGAAAUCAGAAAUCAGAAAUCAGAAAUCAGAAAUCAGAAGUCGGAAAUCAGAAAUCAGAAAUAAGAAAUCAGAAAUCGGAAAGCGGAAAUCGGAAAUAAGAAAUCAGAAAAAAGAAAUCUGCAAUCAGAACUUUGAAAGAUAAGAUUGGAAAAUCAAAAUUUGUUUAUCGGAAAGCCGAAAUUUGAAACCGUAAAUCUGAAAUUGGAAAUUGGUGAACGGAAAUCAGAAAUUGGAAUUUGGAAAACGGAGAUCGUUAAUUGGAAAUUGAAUUCCGGAAAACGAUAAUCUAAAAGAAGAUUUCAGAAAUAAAAUAUCAGAAUUUGGAAAUCAGAGAUCGGAGUUUGGAAAUCAUAGCUCAGAAAUCGGGAAUAUGAUAUUGAAAUUUAAAAAUUUAGAAAUUGAGUUGAAAUUUUACAAUUGGAAAGUGGAAACUGAAAAUUGGAAAUUGGAAAUUGAUAAACGGAAAUCGAAAAUUGCAAAUUGAAAAACGGAAAUCAUGAAUUGGAAAUUUAAAAUCGAAAAUCAAAAGUUAUGAGAGACAAGAAUUCGAAAAGAGAAAUCUUGAAUUUGAAUUUAAAGUUCUAAAGUCUGUAUCUGGAAUCUCAAAUCAAAAAUCAGAUAUCUGAAAUCUGAGAAAUUUAUCGUGUACCUGCUUUCUUAAAAAAAAAUUAAUUAUAAAUCAAAUUUUCGAUUCAAAACAUUCAAAGUUUAUUUUACAGAAUUGACAAGGGCUCAAAAUCACUUCUUUUCCACAAAUAGUUGGCAUAAAAUUGAUGUAGUUAGUCUAUUGAGAGAAGAAUUUCGAAGUAUUUUUGCAAGAAAAUGGAAACUUUUUGUAUUUUGACAAUUCAAAAUAAACUUGUGAAAAACGUUAACAUCCUUUCUGGAUUUUAUCGAUUUACUUUGCAUGAGUUUAAAUAUUAUUAUAUAAAAUAUUGAAUCAUUAUCUCAGUUUAUCACAUUUAUUUGACAAAUCUUAUCCCAGCCAAUAAGAUUGAAGAGUAUUUUAUAUUCUAUUGCAUAGUUUUAGGCGAUUUAACUAAAUCGCCUACAGAUAUGCAACAAAAUUUAUUAUUCAUUCAUUUCAUGAUAAAAAAAAUAGCGAAAUAUUCCUAAAAAUAACGAUUUUUAAGUGGAUAUCAAGUCUAUCACAUUCACCUGCUGAAACACGAAGCAUACAACUUUGUUUAUUAAAGAAAAAAAUCUGUUAAGCUGGCAGUUUAGAGAAUAAAUUAAAAGUAGCAUAAAUAACAUAUCUAAGACAGCACAUGCACUCGUAAAUGUUUGCACGCGCAAUGAUCGAUGUGACAAAGGAAAGAAAUUUUAGGAUGUUAAAGUUUUUUAAUUUAGCAAUUGCUGAAAGCAAAACGAAGACUUUUCCAAUUAACUGUCAAUUUUUCGCGAUAGAUGUUGUACCGAAUGCAAUGUAAAAGAAAAUUAAAGAGAUAUGUAAAUGUUAGGAAUUAUUUGGUUAAGAUUAAUGUUUAUUUCAAACCAAUUCAAAACAAUAUGCUAGAAUCACCAAAAUCAUCAGAAAAAAAUAAACAAAAUUUAAACAAAAGCAAAUUUUCGAAACUUCCUCUAGCAAGUCAGGAAGUAAGAAAAAUUUGCAGGAGAGAAAAGUACACACAAAUAGCAUUUAUAUUGGCGGAGUGAAAAGUGCUUAGAAUUGGGCACUUCUAGGAAAAGUGUGAAUCCGGAAUUUUAAUCAGGUAAACCGAUGUGGACCCCUCCAUUCGAGUGUCAGGAAUCGAGGGGUCUUAACCGGUUGUAGCUGGGAAUUCCUUGAAAGGUAUUCAGGACGAUUGACAAAUUCUAUCAGUAUAUACACCUAACAACAAUCUUAUGCGCAGUUAGAUAAGCUCGAUGUUGAAUGUUUCACCAAAAGCUCUAAGUAUAAUCUCUACUGAAAAGGUAUUUUAUAGGCAUUUAAGAUGAUAUUAGUAUAUACACAAACACAUUAGAAGGUUGAGCCAACCUUCAGCUGAUGUUACAAGACAUAUCGAUAUCAACCCAACAAGUUUGAGUCUUCUGAUCCCUUUUUGGAAUCUUAUUGUUCAUCAACUGAAAAAAAACCAGAAAACAA